UGAAUCAAAUGCUAUUAACACAUCAAUAACAAAACCAUGUCCCAAAGAUGCAAUUUGCGAUAAAGAGAAAUAUAUUAAUGCUAAGUAUGUAAACAAACUGCUGGUCAGCAGAGAUCCAAUGCAACUUGGAGUGUCUCAAAACUCAAUAAACAUCUGGCAAGCAGUUAAGGCUGAUAAUAUACGAGAAGUAUAUCGUCUCAUUACAGUGUCAGACACCAAUAUGGUAAAUACCACCUUUGAUGAUGUUUUCAGCGUUGAGUGGUAUCACCAUGUUGAUGCUCAAAACUCGUCAAUUGAUAUCCAUAAUGAGCACUUGAUACAGAAUGAUCCAUCAGCCUGUCAGAGAAUCAAGAAUUCAAAUGAUCCGGGGAGUUGUCUACAAGGUUGUUCACUGUUGCAUCUGGCUUGCCAACGUAGCAACCCUGUAAUGGUUGAGUUGUUGCUGCAGUUUAGUGCCGAUAUAAAUAUGCGCGAUUACCAUGGCCGGACUCCUUUGCACCAUUGCAUUGCUAUAGGCAAGAACCCGUUGGCAAAGCAUCUACUAAAAAGAGGUGCACGGUCUUCAAUUAGGGAUGGUGGGGGAUUUAGUGCAUUAGAUAGGGCUAUGGAGAAGGGAGCAAUUACAGAUGAGGGGCUACUUAUUUUGCUCAGUGAAAGCGAAUGAAGAAAACUCGAUUUCCUCUUAUUUGUAAGCUUGUUUUUCUUUCAUGAUUUCCACUUAUGUCGGCUGUUGUUGCCUCUUUGCCUAAUAAGAGUCUGCUAUUAUCUUCUAAGUUGUCAACAUUUCGAAUUGAACUAUUAUCUUCUAAGUUGUCAACAUUUCGAAUUGUUUCUCCUCUAUAAUUAAAAGAAGAAUCCCAAGACUGGUGAGUGUUGGAAA